AGAGAGGCAGUAAGCACGUAUGGACUGGAAAACUGAAUAUAAAAUGAUAUCAGCCUGAUGAAGCGUGCACUGAUAAUACCGUCGCUGAAUACGUAGAAACAUUCAGACGAAUAAUUAGCUUCAAAACAAGUACGUGGUUCAACUGAUGUCAUUUCGCUUGAAGUUAUUGAUUAACUAUAAACAUAGAAGCAAUCUUAACAAGCGUUUUCUGCCUUGAAGGACUCCUGUUUUAUAUGCGGCAAAUUUAUUUGUCAGGAUUUGACAUUAGACCGUACACGACUGAAUUUCUCAGCUUAUUUCAUGUGAUCUACAAAUACUGAAUUUCAUAAAUGACGCGAACGAAGGUCAAGAUACUUGAUGAUGAUGUGGGGUGGCCACAAGCUGUUAAAAAAGCCGUUGUUCUAAAAUCAGGCACUUAAACUCUCAAAGGCUCUCGAAAAAUACUUUAGAUAGACUACGGAAAAAUUGGACAAGAAUAGAAGUACUUGUUUGAAAAAGAUUCUCUUUUCUCGCCAGAAUGUUUUGAGUCUGGGAGGUGCUGUUUAUGACAAAGACCGUACUGCCCACUUGGCACUCCUGCAUACCACAGCCAAAAGAUUGUCUGAUAAUGAUCAGGCUUCCCGGGGGGGAGGUGUAACAGUCUGUAACAGGGCUGAAGUAAGCCAACCAGUUUGCGAUGUUAUCAACAGAAGUUUCGAAUGUGAGUUAGCCCUUCAACGAUCAAAACCUAAAAUAAAUUGAUUAAACUUGCAGCGCGUUCACUGUUGUCAACUCUGCAAAUUUUGUCUGGCUGGCAUAUGCGGAAAUAAAUUUAGAAAGCGCUUUUCACCGAUCGAAGGUUUCGAAGCAGUGCAACAUUUUUUUUGGAACCUAACUCGGUUGGAAAUCGAUUACUACUCAUCAACUCAAACAAAACGGUCACGGUUUCUGUCUAAAACAAUCAAUCAAAAAUUUCCGCUCAUUUUUCAAAUUUCACGGUCAAACUUACGAAAAAGAGGGAUUAUUCCACGUUGAACCCACCCUUUCCUCACGAAAUUGACAGCUUAAUAUCCCCCCCGGAAAACAAACGCCUGUUAACAACAAUAAAAAGACCGUUCUAAUUAAUUCUUGAACACGCGAACUUAAAACCGAGAAACAUUGUAAGAAAACUAGUCCGAUUGAUUCGAUGACAACAUGUAUGUUUGUUAGGUCAGUGAGGAAACAUUCGUAACCAAAUGAGGUUCUAGUUUUGCAAGAUCAGAAUUUUUAAAAUGUUGAAACAGCGAGUCAAGUAAUAAGAUGGCUAUGGAGUUGUGAUUUUCGGGGUUUUAGAUGAUAUCAGACAAUUAACUUCAGAAGCGACAUUUUUUGGAGAUAUAAGUAUUAAGUUAAGCAAAACAUUUCACAGUUUUCUCCGUGUUAUGUCGUGACCUCGUCAAGGUUUUCGCAGCUCAUGGUUAAAGUUUCCGGAAAACGAUAAAACAUGGACAACAACGUCAGUUUUAAUGGACAAGAACGAUCCUUUGCAACAAGUGCAUGGAUGAACGGAUCAGCCGCUUACAGUGUAAACCCUACAACAGACACUCCGCUUGGCGAGUCGUCGGAAUUCACAACUCUAAAGCUGCUUUUGUACUUCAUCAUUUUAAUCUUCAGCUCUCUCGGCAAUGGCCUUGUGUUCUACUUGAUUUCUUGCAAUCGUCGCCUGCGCCAGACCUCGUCAAACAGGUUGCUCUUGAAUCUGUGCGCGUGUGAUUUUCUCACUCCGCUUCUGAGCAUUCCCUUCGAUUUAGCCUUGGAGGAGCGAAAUUACGUGUGGCCGUACGGUGCUGUCAUGUGUAGGGUCCUUUGGCCGUCUUCCACGCUAACAGCGACGGCAUCUGCACUCACCUUAGCAGCCAUUUCGUUAGAUAGAUUUCGCCUUCUAAUGCACCCGUUCACACCACGUCUAACCAAGAAGCAGAUCAAACUCAUCAUCAUAGGCAUACAUGUGUCGUCUUUGGCCAUAAUCAUACCGUACAUAGUCUUCUUGAAACUUGAAGAUCAAGAAUGCGUCGAGCUAUGGCCAAAGUUCACUUACAGGCAAGCUUAUACGGUCAUACUGUUCCUAGCUCAGUAUGCGCUACCUCUGGUGUUCAUGACAACAAUCUACACGCUGGCCCUGACAAAGCUGUACAGCGUCACCAGCAACACGACACAAAUGAGAUCAAUGGAGUCCGAGAAAUUGCGCAAAGUUUCCGCCGAGACAAACAACAACCCCACUAACAUGGGUGCAGUUCGCAAGUUAAGCGCGCGAGUCGCUUACAACGUAAAACACGGCUUCGAAGUGGAGUCUAACGUGCGAGUAACGAAGAUGUUCGUGGCAGUUGUUGUAAUCUUCGCGGUUUUCAUGCUCCCCAAUCAAGUUGUAUGGCUCUGGUCUGAUUUUGGCGGAGGACAUCACCACCACCAGCUGAACACGAUUAAAAUCAUAUGCUGGCUUUUUACGUAUACUAACUGCGUAUCUAACCCUGUCAUUUUCAUAAUAUUUUGUAAAGAAUUCCGCACCGAACUGGUAGCAUUACCGAAGAAAUUUCGCAAUGGACCCAGGCCCCGCCUGAGCAUUUCCCGGUCGAGUGGGCCUGCUACCGAGAGUAUACGAUGCUUGUCUCCGCGUUCCUCCCCAGUUACAAGUCUAUCGACAUUAAACGAGAAUAAUUAAUCUUACAGCGAUCACAUUACUGUGAUAAGCAAGAUGAUUGUGCUGUAAGGAACACAGCAGUUUUACGAAGUCUUUGUUGCUUGACUUCAACGUCACGCGACGUGGAGUAGCUGCUACGCCUGUCCCGAUUGUGCUCGUAAUCUGCUGGAAAGUUGCUCACUGGAAUGCCAAAAAGUUGUUAAAAAAUUGCCAAAAAUCCAAAAGGUUGCUACCUAAAUUUCUUGAUAUUUUCACGUAAACGUUAAUUAAAAGCUGUAGUUUUCGUUCUUCACAAUAAUUGCUAACGUCGGUCAAGAAAAAUAGCUUGAAACUUAGCUUUAAAGAGUUGUUCGCAAAGCAGGUAUCUAAAAGUGUAACUUAUCAAAAAGUUGAUAAACAUUCAAGAAAUACGCAGAAAUUGAAGUUUUCUAUGAAAUCGUUGACUUUUUCGAGCUUGAUAUGUAUUCUAAACCUGUUUUUGCUCAUAAGUUGCUCAGAAAGGCAAAACUUGCUCUAAGUAGCUAGAACCGCAUAAAGUUGCUCCAAACGCCAAAAGUUGCUCAAAGGUUGCCGAGCACAAUCGGAACAGGUCUAGUAGCUGCGACAAAAAUGAUAAGUGCGUA